GACAUCCAGCUCAGCUCCCUGCAGCACCUCAACUUCACCAUCAUGGAGACGCAAUGCCCAGUGUGCUCGAGAAUCCACCCCCAUGCCUGCAAGUUUAAGGAGGACGGGCUCGUCAAGGACUGCUCCGCACCCGUGCCCCAGCGUGGCAGGUGCAGGUCCGUGCUUGGUGUCACCUGCAUAGACUCCACCACGGACCCUAUCAGGGUAAAGUGCUUCUGGCCACUGCUGGUUACAGCCAUCAAGAUGGUGGCUGCUGGUGUUGGCAUCUUCAAGGCCUUCAAUGGAUGA